AUUUAUUGGUAGAAUUUGGGCCUCGUUUUCCCGUUUCAGCCACGUAGGCGCUUCUUAGAUUCUCAGGUCCUGUAGCUUGGUUUUCUGUCUUCAUGUCUGUGAAGCCAGUGGAUUAGAAGGACUUGUAAAGGUGUGUUAAAGAAGAGCUCAAAGCCAUAGGUAUCAUCUAAGAGACCAGCUCAUGCUGUCACUGCUGCCAUCACCAGAAAUAGUCUGCUUCCCCACCAUCCACCAUCAUCCUGUCUACUGGUUUCCAGUCCAAGCAUGCUGUAGUCAUUGUUACCAUCGGCACCACUGAAGCUGCUUCCAUUGGGACCUGACUGAUCUAGGGACAGGCCUUCAGUACCUUGAAUCACCUAUACAUGGAGCACAAAGAGGAUGAUGAUGAUGAUGAUGAUGUGUCUUUUGCCAAAUGGAUGAGCAGCUUCUGGGGUCACAGCUGGAUAGAAGAGAAUGAGAGAGGACUCCGAGACCGUCAUGGAUCACAAGCUGCCAGUUACAGGAAAACCUCCCUGCCCUGCCCAUUUCCUGUGCUUCCCAGAAUCACAUCAUCUGAUAGCCAUCCCAGAAGGCAUUCUCAUGAGGACCAGGGAUUUCGAUGCCAUACCCACAUGCGGGAUUAUAGAAAAUGUUCAGCAGAUGAGUCAUUCAAGGAGCCACUGGAAUCAAAAGGAAGAUCCCAUUCCAAAAUUCAAGCAUUCUCAGAGUCCUUUGAACAACAACUGUGCUUUAGAACCAGACGCUCUGUCUCUUUGGGACCUGAGAGCAGAAAGGAGAGAAAUGAAAGAGAAUGUCUGAGGAUGGAGAUAAAAUCUCAAAAGAAAAUGGAGGAAAGAAGGAAAUCUAGGAAGGAAGAACACAGAGAAGAAUACAUGCCCUCCUUGUUUGAAAAAGAGCCCAAAUAGUAUUUUGUCUCCACA